AUGAGGAGCUGGGUGCGGGCGGCGCUGAUGGGCGCGCUGGGCGCCGCCGAGCUGCUCGUCAGCGCGGCCGUCCACCUGGGCUACGCCUUCUACGUCUUCGGCACCGCCGUCGCCGCCGACGUCGCGGCCUCCCUCGUGAAGGGCCUCAUGGCCGGCGGCUGUGGCGGCGGCGUGGCCAAGGGCGUCGCCGUCGGGAGCGUGGACGAGGCCGCGGCCGUGCUCGACGGCGCCGUGCCGCCGAUCGUGCUGGUGCACGGCAUCUUCGGCUUCGGCAAAGGCAGGCUGGGCGGGCUCUCGUACUUCGCCGGCGCGGAGGAGAAGGACGACCGCGUGCUGGUGCCGGACCUGGGCUCGCUGACCAGCGUCCACGACAGGGCCCGGGAGCUCUUCUACUACCUCAGGGGCGGGCGCGUGGACUACGGCGAGGCGCACAGCGCGGCGUGCGGCCACGCCCGGUUCGGCCGGACCUACGAGCGCGGCCACUACCCGCUCUGGGACGAGGACCACCCGGUGCACUUCGUCGGCCACUCCGCUGGCGCGCAGGUGAUCCGCCUCCUCCAGCAGAUGCUCCACGACGGCGAGUUCGCGGGCCACGCCACCUCCGAGCGCUGGGUGCUCAGCGUCACCUCCCUCUCCGGCGCGCUCAACGGCAGCACGCGCGCGUACAUCGACGGCGUGCGCCCCGAGGACGGGCGGUCGCUGCGGCCCAUGUGCCUCCUCCAGGUCUGCCGCGUCGGCAGCGUCCUCUACCACUGGCUCGACCUCCCCUGGCUCAAGCGCUACUACGACUUCGGCUUCGACCACUUCGGCAUGUCGCGCCGCCUCGUCGGCGUCAGGGGGCUCGCCGACAUCCUGGUCGCCGGGAAGCGGGGCCCGUUCGCGACGGGGGACUGGAUCCUGCCGGACCUGACGAUCCAGGGCGCGGCGAGGAUCAACGCCCGGGUGCGCACGUUCCCGGGCACCUUCUACUCCAGCUACGCCAGCCGGCGCACCGCCCGGACGCGGCGGGGCGCCACCGUCCCCUCGGGGCUGCUGGGGAUCCACCCGCUGCUCUUCCUCCGCGCCCUGCAGAUGUGCCGCUGGCGCUACCCCGCCGGCGCGCCGCCGCCGUACGAGGGGUACCGGGACGAGGACUGGGAGGACAACGACGGCGCGCUCAACACCUUCUCGAUGACGCACCCGCGGGUCCCCGACGAGCACCCGAGCGUGCCGGUUGAGGAGGACGGCGCCGGUGGCCGCUCGCUGCGGCCCGGCGUCUGGUACUACCGGAUCGUGGAGGCGGACCACAUGGCGUUCGUCAUCAACCGCCGCCGGGGGGGCGUGCAGUUCGACCUCGUCUACGACAGCAUCUUCCGAAACUGCCGGAGGUAUGUCUUCCGGACCGCGCCGACGCCGACGCUUCCGGAUCAGAGCUGA